AUGAGCUGGGAUUUCGAGAUGAAUAGCGUAUUCAAGGAUAUGAAUGCCCCUUUUCUUGAACCUUGGGAAACCGGAAUGAUACCAAUUGAUCGGGGCAAUCCAAAUGAGGAGGAUGAAUAUGUUGAUAUCAUGACGUGCGACGAACCAUCGAUGGUGCCAGAUCCAUUUGAAGGUGCCGCUGAGAGUUCUGGCUCCUUUGGUGAUACAGACAAUGCUGAUCAUGCUUUCUUCCGCGAUCCAGAAGUCGAAUCGCGAAUGUAUGCUGAUACGGCUUCUUCUUCAAUGUGUGAUGUUUGGGAUGAACCACUCCGACAAAGAAGGAAAAGGGUGACAACAGCUCAUUGGAGAAGGUUCAUAAGUCCUGUUAUGUCACAAUGCAAGUGGAUUGAGUUGAAACUGAAAAAACUUCAGUCUCAAGAGCGUAAAUAUGAAAAAGAGCUUGCAGAACUUGAUCAUAAAAAGCAAUUUGAUUAUGCACAUUUAAGAUUAGAUGGCUGUGAGAUCAAAUCAGUACCUAUUUCUUUUCGGAGGCAUAGGAAUAAAGUUAUGAAGAGGAAAAAGCGUGAAAGAGUUGAAAAGGAUUGCGAUUUAGGGUCUAACCAUCCUUUAUUCUCCUACAAUGGUAAUGUUGAUCCUUUGGAAGAUUGUCAUGAAGCUGCCAUAGGUGGUGACCGUGGAAAUAUAUUAAAGUUCGAGUUGGAAGAUGUAUGGUCUUGUGUAGGUAAUUAUGAUAAUGAUAAGUCCUGGGAUGAUAUGAUUCAACAGAUUAUAACUAUGGAGUCUCAACUUCAAAAUUUGAAAUCUAGACAUGACAAAGUACUUAGUGAAAAUUCAGAAAGGUUUUGUUCUGUAAAUCAACCAUCGGAUGGAUUUAAUCAGCCUAACAUAAACGCCGAUUCUGCCGAUUCUGUUGCUGGAACUGCAUCAUCAGGUGAUGACAAGAUUGUUCCAGAUAUUGAAGCCACUGAUAGGCCUCAACCGUUUGGUCUAUUGGACUAUAUCGAUGAAGAUCUUACGCAGUAUCAUGAGUUAGCCAAAAUGGAAUUGCAUGAAUUAGAAAUUAUUGGAAAUGAAAUGAUAAAUCAACUUGAAUCAAUCAAAGACAAUGCCGUGCACAAUGUCAAUGGGCUUUCGACUUUGAAGUCAUGUUCUACAUCAAAAUCGAAUAUCCCUAGAAACAAAAGGAAACGCGAGAAUAUAUCUGGUAAAAAGAAGAGUAAAAAGAAGAGGUCAAGGACAUCUGGUUAA